ACUUUAUACAGACACACAAAACGAAAUUACCCAUCUAUAGUAUAAUUAUUUGAUUAUAAAUGUUUAUCAUCGACGAAAAAAAAAUAAAAGAAAUAUAAUCAGUGAUACGUUAGAGUUUUAGUAAAUUGUGAAUAUAAAAAUAAGAUAAUUGUUGUUAACAAAAAAAUAUCAACAAUGCCAGCAAUAGUAUCAGGACCACCCCAACAAAGUGAGCAUAUGUGGCAAGCAUUGAAAAAUCACAUCACUAGAGAACGGCAAAGAAAAAAACAAGAGCAAGAAGCUGAUGCUGAAGAAGAACGAUUACGAAAAGAACGUGAAAGACAACAAAAACAAGAUGUUAUGACUUUGGGAGAAACCAGAGAACAAAUUUGUAAUUUGGAAGCUGAGUUAUCACAAUUAAAAGAUGAAAAACAUCAGUUAUUUUUACAACUAAAAAAAGUUCUCAAUGAAGAUGAUAAUAGACGAAGACAAUUAACUAAAGAGACCAACAUAUGUUCAGAUGUUUUAACUGCCGUGGGUAAUUAUCAAACAACAGGAGCAAAUGUUGUACAUCAACAAUUAUUUUUACCAUUGCCGACUCGAAGUCCAUUGUACAAAGUUGCCACAGCCGCUACUUCGUCUCAUACAUUGAUGACUAACGUAAAUGGACCAUUGAAAAGAAGUCAUAGUCCAUCACCGCCACCAUCAGCAUCGUCUUACCACACAGUUUAUGGAUACAAACCUCCGCCGAUGCCAAAUUACAAUCCUACUCAUACACGUGAUUUAAGGGGAGAUGGCUGUGGUUUCCCAGAAUCAGAUGAUGCAGCUCGAAGAACUGGUGACUCACGUGCAGUUCUUUGGAAUAAAAAUAAUCAGUAUCCUCCUUCAACGUUUUAUUCAACUCAUGGUAGUCAAGGUGUAUACAGUUAUUCAGCACCAACGUCACAGUCAUCACGAGAAAGUGAUCAAGCUAAAUCUGUUUACUUGCCAAGUAACCGAGCAACGAUAACUCAUCAACCAGCAUACGUUACAAAUCUGCAUUCAAUGGAUCAUAAUAAUACCUAUCCAGAGGACAAAUUUUAUUUACGUCCCAGUAAUCACGUGACAGUACACGGCGGAGCGAUACCAAUUCAGCAACAACCUCAGGGUGCAAAAACUGGUAGUAUUACAUCAGGUUAUCCUGUGAGGGCUCCAAAACCUCCCCCAGGACCUUAUCCACCGCCAGGAACUUAUGUCAGUUCCCCUGCUACCAAUAGUUCCGGUAGAUUUUUCAUUCCAACAGGCAAAGGAUUUCACACGACUCCUAUCUAAAGCUUAUUUACUACAAAAUAUCACUGUUUGAUUGAUUUAUGUAAUUUUUUUUUUACAUAAUUACUGUAUUCCUGUAAAAAAAAAAAAAUUAUGCAAUUAUCUAGUGACAGGAUUCACUAUCUGGUUAAUAAUUUUUUUUUAAUAAUAUUGUAGGCUUAAUAUUUUUUUCGUUA